AUGUAUUGCAAGGCCAUUUUGCAAUCCCGGUUUCCCCACCGGAUAUGGUUCCUAUCUCCAUCGGCUUGCAUAUUCCAGAAAUGCCGCAUGCACUUUCAAUUUUGCGUCCGGCACGCAAUAGCGCGCUCACGCUCAGACAGUACUCCUCUGUUGAUUACAUUUUUCGUGGGACAUUCUCUGCUUUCCCCGUUCAUUCCUCUUGCUUUUUCCGUAGUUGCAGGUUUUUUCGUAAUGCCUUCGAACAGCAAGGCGCUGCGCCAGACCAAUCGCAAUCUGCGCUCUGAGAUUGAGGUGCUGAAAGCAGAACUCACCCAUAUGCGCUCUGAAUUAUCUGCCACUCGUGUGAUGCGCCCAAAAAUCGACCAGAUCAGCGCAGAAGUUGUCGACUCCAACCCAUACAGUCGUUUGAUGGCCUUGCAACGGAUGGGUGUCGUAGAGAACUACACCGUUAUUCGAGAGAAGACGGUGGUGAUUGUGGGCGUGGGGGGAGUCGGCUCAGUUACAGCAGAGAUGCUGGUUCGAUGCGGCAUCGGUCGCCUGAUUCUUUUUGACUACGACAAAGUGGAAAUGGCGAAUAUGAAUCGGUUGUUCUUCCAGCCCUUCCAAUCUGGUUUGAGCAAAGUCUCUGCUGCUUCAGCUACACUCAGUUUCAUUAAUCCGGAUGUUGAUAUCGAAGCUCACAACUAUGAUAUCACCUUGGUGGACAAUUAUGAUCACUUUCUGAGCCGCAUCCAGCACGGUGGGAUGAAGUCUGGAGAUCCGGUAGACCUAGUCCUCAGCUGCGUGGAUAACUUUGAGGCUCGUAUGACUAUUAACAAAGCAUGCAAUGCGCUAAAUCAAGUUUGGUUCGAGUCUGGAGUCAGUGAAGAUGCUAUCAGCUGUCACAUCCAGCUGUUGUAUCCAGGUAGGACACCUUGUUUCGAAUGCCUCCCUCCCCUAAUCGUCGCCAGUGGCUUGGAUGAGAAGACUCUGAAGCGCGAUGGAGUGUGCUCUGCUUCGCUGCCUACCACCAUGGGAUUGGUUGCCAGCCUGUUGGUGCAAAACACGUUGAAAUGGCUACUGAAUUUCGGUGAGGUUUCCAGUUACCUGGGCUACGGGGCUGCCAAGGACUCUUUUUACCGUGUUCCCCUUCGGCCAAACCCCCACUGCGCUGACGACUGGUGUCGGCGUCGACAAGCGGAGAGGCGUAGUCAGCUAAAGUCUCUCGACUUGCCCUUGGAUAGUGCUUGGAACGAAGAACAGUUGCGAGCGGAGGCGUCCAAGCAGUUGGCUAAGUCUCACCAACCGAAACAAACACAAGUGGAAAAUGAAUUUGGGAUCGAAGUGGAAUCCGAUCCGGAGUCUACGACAUUCGUAGCCCCCUCUGCUAAUCAGCUUGUUAAUGGCGUCCGCACACUGUAUGAGGUGGAGGAUGCGCAAUCUGAAUCUUUUGCGAACGGACUUGCCUCGGUGCCGAUUGUUGAAGAUAGUUUGGCUGCACUUAUGUCCAAAAUGCGGCAAUUGUGAUGCUUCUUUAUGAUUUGUGCAACUUUUUUCACUUAAAUGUUUUAUUUGUUGAGCUGUCGCACCACCUACUUUUGAUUAUGGAACACUUGUGAUAUUUCUUUCUCCUUGUACAUUCCAUGAUCUAUUCAUUGUCGUAAACUACCGUAUGAUGCUACCGCUCCCGAAAGUGAUCACUUAUUUGGAAUGCACCAGGA